AUGGCGAACAAGCCAUCAGCCAAGUCGGCACCUGCGAUCUCAUUUGAUGCUAUCAUCCAGUCUGACCGCCAGAAGAAACAAAAUCAACAACUAGCAACCCAAAUUCUUGGCAAAAACCGCAAUACACGUCGAUCGAGUGCGCCGGGCGCAGUGUCCAAGGUGCCAAACGUCAAACCAGGGAGUUUAGCUAGUCGCAUUGGGCCUAAACGCUCGGCAUCCAACUCUCGAACCGGCCCCUACCAGCGCCAUCCCAAUACACAGCCCCGCACCAACGCACAGCGUAUUCAAUCUGAUCUUUCAUCGGGUAAGGGUCAAGCCAUAGUUCGCAACAAAGGCUUGUCCAUUAAGGGUGCUUCAGGCCCUUUUGUGGUGAUUGGACAAAACUUUGCCCCUGGAACGACAGCCGCAGACAUCCAAUCUGCCCUCGAACCUCAGUGUGGCCGCAUGCUCAGCUGCCGUGUCACUGCGCAUGCCCCAACUGUCACUGCAGAGAUUACGUACGAGGAGAAAUACAAUGCCGACAAUGCGGUAGCCAACUUCCACAAUCAAAUGGCUGAUGGCCGCCGACUGUCCUUGCAGCUUAAGACUUUCGGUAACACUACGCAGGGAACCUACGCCCAGGAAACAUACGCUCAAUCCCGCGCGAAGGCAGAUCGCGAACGCCUCAACCGUCGAUCUUAG